UUCUCUGCUAUAGGGUUUUCGACCAUAUCAGCAUGUCAAGCCGCUGUCACCAAUUACGCCAGUCUGGUCGCCCUGCGUGUGCUGCUCGGUUGCUUCGAAGGCAUGUUUUCCGGGGUGCCUCUAUAUCUGUCCUUCUUCUACCCCAGAGACAAAGUUGGCUUCCGCCAAGGCAUCUUCCUCUCUGGCUCUGCCCUUGCAAACGCAUAUGGAGGCGUUUUGGGAUAUGCUAUUCUGGGUGUUCGGGGCUCAGUUGCGCCAUGGCGAUGCCUGUUCCUCAUUGAAGGGUUACCAGUAUGGAUCGUUGCCAUCCUGGCAUGGUUCUAUCUCCCGGACGACCUUCUGAGCGCCAAAUUUCUCACCGACAGAGAAAAAGAGGUUGCCUGGCAGUGUGUUGGACGGGGACAAACUGUCGACUCACAGGGAGCGGGAGGGGUUAGCUGGGCAGAAUGGCGCUCAGCAUUCUUGGACUGGCGGAGCUUGAUGUACUUCUCCUGCAACGUAUGCUUCGGCUCGCUGCCUCUCUUCAUUCCGACUAUCAUCUCCGAAAUGGGUACAUUCAACCACCAAGAAAGCAAUGGACUGUCCGCUCCCCCAUACGCUCUCUGCUUUGUCACAAUUCUAGCAUGUGCUUUUGCCAGCGACCGCGCUAAAUUGCGUGGGCCUUUUGUGGCCGCUGCUGCGAUUGUAUCGACAGUAGGAUACUGCCUUCUUGGUGUUUCCGAGGGGGUUGCUGCUCGAUACGCCGGAGUCUUCCUCAGUGUGCAAAUCUUUGUCAGUAUCAGCAUUCUUCUUCCAUGGGUUUCCAGUCUACACCACACUGAGAGCAAGCGCGCUGGUGGGUGGGCAAUCUUUGCUACGCUGGGCCAGUUUGGGCCCUUGGUUGGCACGAACAUAUUCCCCAAGGACCAGGGACCGUACUAUCACAAGGGUGCGUGGAUCUCCUGUGGGUUUACAUCCUUGGUCGUGCUACUUAGCAUAGCCUACUCACUUUUACUUCGCUGGGAGAAUAAGCGACUGGACAGAGUAAUGAUUGAGGAUGCCGGCGUAGGUGUAGGAAUGGAAGGCGAUGAUCAUCCAAGGGGGUUCCGCUAUGUUGUUUGA